GAAGCUAGAGAAAAGGUCCUGCGUGCUCAGGAGCUCAGGGGCCCCCUGAUCCCGCCAAGCCCCCUCCAGGAGCGGAAGGGUUAAGAAUGAUCAUUCGAGCUGGAGGAGUGGAUGCGCUAUAAGCGACCAUUCACCACGCUCUUACUUUCCAAGCAAUUCGGGGGAUCUUGCUAACCAGAGUCCUAAUUAACCCUGCGAGUGUGUCAACUGACCUUAAGUCUUGAAAACAGGAACCAUCUUGCGGUUUAAUUGUGAAAAUUAACAUUUUACUCUAGCCGGCUGAACACUUAUGUGGUAAUAAAAAAUGAAUUGUUAGGCGUAUAAAUCUUGAGCUUGUCAAAUUUUACAACAGAUGAGCAAUAAAGCACCUUAGAAAAAAUGAAGUUUUCCCUCUAAAGAACAGUUCCAUUCCGAUGCCGAAUUUGUGGUGACUCGAGGACGCCCUCUGUUGAUAAGAUAGUUUAGAGCAGUGUGUGUCUAAGGAACAGGAUAUGGAGGUGGGGAAAGGGGAGGCUGGGGGCAGGGUGGAAUCAUAGCAAGUAAUGACAGCGAAAAGACCCCAACUAAACUUAAUUUGAUCCCUAAAUUUUGGUUAUGUGUUCUGAAGUAUGGUGAAUAAAUUGCCAUGCUUUUUUCAUAAAGGUCAAAUUAAAUCUUGGGUUAAGGGAAAAGAACCAUCUUACUGUUAGUAGUCUUUGUUGGCAACAUACUUUGCAAAGCUGUUCACAUUUGAUUACUUUAAAAAAAAAAAAGAUGUUGACCAGUAUUUCAUUAACUUUAGUUCUUUGAUUUAUGUAGUAAUUGCAAGGGAGUAAAUUUUUAGUCCCAUAGUAUUUACUCCAUAAUAUUAUCUAAAAAUCGUAUCAGAUAACUCCUCCUGCAAAAAAAGUCAUUUCUCCAGGCCACUCUGAAGCUAUUAUUAAGCAUAUUAUGGAUAUACACAAGGCUUGGAUUAUAUCUUGGGCAGUGAAAGGUGUGUUUACCACUUGAGUCAUCAUAGUAUGUAAUAAGUAAGUAAUGAAAAGUUACAGUAAAAAUAGAUAGGCAUUCUUCUUUAGGGACCUAGUGGUUUGUACAGUUCAUAAUGUGUCUAAUGAGUAAGCCGGAGUGAUAUAAGGUUUGCCCUCAAUUAUCCUAGUCCAUUGAUUAGCACAUUGUAACAUGUGGAAUAUUAACGUGUCCGUGGUUGAUACGAAAUUACCAAUUAGAGAUUAUGAGUAGCGAGCGGGUAGAAUUGCAAGCUACAAUUUGACUAUAAGUGAAUUUAAAAUGGCAGCCCUGAGCCCUUUGGAGGAAAGGCAAAGGCAAGGGCAGUCGAAGUAACUCCGAGCCUUUGAAGCCAUCUUUUAGAUUAGAUACCACUUCACACCUACUGAUAACAGAUUGGAACCUAUCAUCAACCUCACAACAUGCUUUCCUGUGUCUCCACUUGCCAACCUCUUUUGUGGCACACAGUUGGGGUUUCUUCCUCAUUUUUGGAUCCAUCCAAGUGGCAAAAGUAGAAACCGAUCUGCCAUUAAAUUAAUAUACUAAGACCACGAAAAUUUGUGGAAAAGCCACCGAGCAACAAGAAAUGAUGGCAUAAUUACUCUACACUGCAUUAAAAACUCACUAUCCUCAUUAAUCUAAUUACACUGUAACAGAACACGUUGAAGUUCGCCCACUCUCAGACUCCUCCCCGCUGCUUUCAGGAAGGGAAAUGUCAGAGGAACAAUAACGCCAGAGCCUCGAACAGCUGCUAGCGAAUUCCACCGGGAGCUGGAGGAAGAAGAGAAAGCGAGGCACGUCCCCCGGUCCAUGCCGCAGCCACGGCCCCGAACCCGCCACGGCGCCCGUGCCGCCGCCCUCGCCGGAGCCCACGAGACCUGCAUGGACGGGCAUGGGCUUGAGAGCAGCACCUUCCUGCGCCGCCGCCGCCGCCUCCGCCGCUGCCGCCGGGGCUGAGCAGCGCCACCGCCCCCAGCUCUGCCCGCCGCCCCUGGCGUUGCUGCUGCUGCUGCUGCUCAGCCUCGGGCUGCUCCACGCAGGUGACUGCCAACAGCCGGCCCAAUGUCGAAUCCAGAAAUGUACCACGGACUUUGUGUCCCUCACUUCACACCUGAACUCUGCCAUUGAUGGCUUUGACUCUGAGUUUUGCAAGGCCCUGCGUGCCUAUGCUGGCUGCACCCAGCGAACUUCAAAAGCCUGCCGUGGUAACCUGGUGUACCAUUCUGCUGUGUUGGGUAUCAGUGACCUCAUGAGCCAGAGGAACUGUUCUAAGGAUGGACCCACAUCCUCUACCAACCCCGAAGUGACCCAUGACCCUUGUAACUAUCACAGCCAUGCAGGAGCCAGAGAACACAGGGGAGGGGACCUGAGCCCUCCCAGUUACCUUUUUUGUGGCUUGUUCGGAGAUCCUCACCUUAGAACUUUCAAGGAUCACUUUCAGACAUGCAAAGUGGAAGGAGCCUGGCCACUCAUAGAUAAUAAUUAUCUUUCAGUUCAAGUGACGAAUGUGCCCGUGGUCCCUGGAUCCAGUGCUACUGCUACAAAUAAGAUAACCAUCAUCUUCAAAGCUCACCGUGAGUGCACAGAUCAGAAAGUGUACCAAGCUGUGACAGAUGACCUGCCGGCCGCCUUUGUGGAUGGCAGCACCAGCGGUGGGGAUGGCGACACCAAGAGCCUGCUUAUCGUGGAGAGGGAGAGCGGCCGCUACGUGGAAAUGCACGCCCGCUACAUAGGGACCACGGUAUUUGUGCGGCAGCUGGGUCGCUACCUGACCCUCGCCAUCCGCAUGCCUGAAGACCUGGCCAUGUCCUAUGAGGAAAGCCAGGACCUGCAGCUGUGUGUGAAUGGCUGCCCCCUGAGCGAGCGCAUUGAUGACGGGCAGGGCCAGGUGUCUGCCAUCCUGGGGCACAGCGUGCCUCGCACCUCAUUGGCGCAGGCCUGGCCUGGCUACACACUGGAGGCUGCCAAUGCUCAGUGCCACGAGAAGAUGCCAGUGAAGGACAUCUACUUCCAGUCCUGUGUCUUCGACCUGCUCACCACUGGGGAUGCCAACUUCACUGCCGCUGCUCACAGUGCCUUGGAGGACGUGGAGGCGCUGCACCCGAGGAAGGAACGCUGGCACAUCUUCCCGAGCAGUAGCCACGGGACACCCCGUGGAGGCGGCCAUUUGUCUGUCAGUCUGGGACUCACAUGCUUGAUCUUUAUUGUGUUUUUGUAGGGAUUGUCUUUUGUUUUUUUUAUUUUUUGUCUAUAACAGAAUUUUAAAAUAUAUAUUGUCAUAAUAUAUUGAGUAACAGAGUAUAUAUGUAUAUACCAUGUAUAUGACAGGAUGUUUGUCCUGGGGCACCCACCAGACUGUACAUAAUGUGCGUGACUGUUCCAAGUAUGUUGGAUGUAGUGUUCUUCGACUGUAUUGAUUUUGUUUUGCAGUUUUGUGAAAUAUUUUAUAAUGUCCCUGCCGGGGGACCUGUUAGAAAGCACUUUAUUUUUUAUAUAUUAAAUAUUUAUGUGUGUACCUGUUUAGUACGUAUAGUACAUAUACACAGACGCCAUCGCAGCGUUCCCGCUGAAGAGGACCAGUGACGGUGCUCGUGGCUGUCCCUGGCUGUCCGUCCCUGCCUUCUCCCUUUGCUACUGAUCUGCCACAUUGGGUGCGCAGCUUUCACUGGCCUCCUGCUGGCGGAGCUGCAUCCCUUGAGCGAGGAGGUCCUUACUCUCACUCUGUGUGGAAGGACAGCUAACUCCACGACAGGCACUUUGGCUCUUGUGAAACACGCAUCUCUAAGCAACCCUCGCCCUCCUUCACAACUGUCACUUUUUCAAAGGGCAGGGAGUGUAUUACUACAGUUUUCAUUAAUUAGGAUUGUUCUGAGCACUUAGGGAAUGUGAGGUUGAGCCAUAUGAAACUGCUGUUUCUAUUAGGUCAGAAGGGGCUGGUGAUGGCAAUUUCAUAGAUAAAUACCAGGCAUUUUACUAGACGCCAGGAGCUCUCAGACAUGUCCUCCUCCCGUGUUCCUGUUUAAACCAUAUCACGCCUUGCUCUUCUCUGUAUCAUUUGUGCAAGCCCAAGUUCUAAGCUUUCUUUCCUUGGCUGUUUAUGCCCAGAGACACACUGCUCCCUGUCUCCACCCCCCGUAAACCCUCCUCAACCUCACCUGAUGAACCCAGAGACUAGGCCUUGUUAGAUUCUCUCUUCGUGUCGAGGCCCAGAUCCCAUCACAAGGUGUGCCACUCUUCCUUGCCGAACACACCGUGGCCUUCACAGUCGCUGGCGCUGACGUGUCUGCGUGCAUGAGGGAAAGGAUAGGGUGUUAAAUGACAGGAAAACUUUGAGGGCCUGAGCCAGUAAGUGGCAAAAUGGGCUCUGGUGAACCCAGACCUUCUCACUGAGCAACGUUGCUUCCCAGGUGGUCUCUCUUUCUUUAAUUAGAUAUGCUCCUUUGUAACAUCUAUAGUGAUAAUAUACUAGUGAGUGCUCAUGUAACUUGGUAAAAUUCCUAUAAAGUAAAAUACCUCCUUCCAUUUCACCUGUUGGCACGCCCUUGCAAAAGGAAAGCACCACCCACAAAAUGCAAGAACAAUGAGGAAGUGAGUUCUACCUAGGGCAGGUGGAUUUCUAUUGUAUCUAUGUAAAUGUUUGGUUCCAAGGAGAAACGAAAGAAUUUGUACCUUACCUUACUCAGAUUUACAUAAGUGCAAGAAGAAAGUUAAUUUUAUAUACCACAGCAAUUAGGAUCCAACUUGUGCUGAAUUUUAGAUAGCCAGGUAUCUAAACCUGGGGCCUGCCUUUUGCCAUGCCCCAUUGAUUAGGGUCACGGCCAGAGGCCCAAACUGGCAGGAGAAGAGGAUUUUGGUUCGUGAAAUUCUGUUUCUUAGUGAACUGAUGAUCCAAUUACAGCAUGGAGCUGUGGGUUCAUCUAGAGGUGGGAAACUGCCCUUUUUCUGAUCUAGGAGAGGAUAGUCUUGGGAAGUCUGGGAAAAUCACAAAGGCACCCUACUUCUUACUUGAUAAAAAGACACAAUACCAGAGAAGUGAAACUGAACUUGUUACCCUUCUAUAAAGACGCAGGGGCCUACCUACCAUGAGCUCUGAACUGUGGCUAUUUCUGUUCACCUACAGAACAUGUGCCAGUUCAGAAGCUAUAGUUAGCUAGUAAUUUUGUUAGGUAAUUGAGUAGAACAAAGGAGGAAAAAUAUUUAGAGUAUAACCACUAUUCUUGUGUGAACAGUAUAAAAGUGAAGUAAAAGCAAUAGGAGUUUCUACAGUGUCUGGCUUUAGAGUGUAUAUGGUUCAUAUUACCUUUGUCCUCUUUAGGGAAAGCAAAAUCACCACCUCUACUAAUAGUUGGGGAAAGAAACAGGUUGCUCUGCCAUAUCCUAGCUGGGAAGGAUGCCUCUAAGCAUUCUGUUCCACUAGCAUUUGUGCCAGUGUGUUUGGCUAUUCUCCCUUUAUAAUCAGUGUCCUCCUACAACAUUUACAGUCCCCACAGAUGACUAAGAAAUACAGAUGCUUCUCUAGAGAAGGGCCAGCUUAUUUUCCAUUUCUUUUCUAGGACUUUUAGAGAAAAUAGUACUUGUACAUUUUGGUUCUUGCAAUCUUCCUUAACCAAGAGUUUCAGGUGAUCCCACCACAUGGAUAAGAUGUAGCUAUUCAAAGGUCUCCUGGGGGAGGUUAAAACUUGAGGGAAAACACUGGUUUUCACAGAUGCUCCACAUGGCUGUCUUUAAAAGACUCAAAACAUUUUUUUUGUCCUUUUCUUCCCAUUGUUAAUGCUUGGAAAUUCCCACAGUGUGUCGAGUCUUUGCAAAGAAACCUUUAGAUGUGGUUCAUAGGUAUAUGGAUAAGUAUCUGUGUAAAACAGUGAGUGUGCAGUGUGUAAAUACUUUAAAUUAUUAUGCUAGAAAAAUAAAGUUACAUACCAUGCUGUGGAA